AUGGCCUACAGCUGCUGCUCUGGAAACUUCUCCUCCAGCUCCUUUAGGCACUGCCUGCCCUCUUCAGGUUCCUCCUGUGGCUCUUCCUACCCCAGCAACCUGGUCUACACCACUACCAGUUGCUCUCCCAGCCCCUGCCAGGUGGAAUCUUCUCUGAACACCAGAUGUCAGGAGACCUGCAUUGAGCCCACCAGCUGCCAGAGGUCCUGCGUGGUGUCCAGUCCAUGCCAGGUGGAAUCCUCUGUGAACACCGGCUGUCAGGAGACCUGCAUUGAGCCCACCAGCUGCCAGAGGUUCUGCGUGGGGUCCAAGCCCUGCCAGGUGUCCAAGCCCUGCCAGACAGCCUGCUACUACCCGAGGAGCUCCACACCUUGCAGUCCUUGCCAGGGAACAUAUGCUGGAUCUCUGAGCUUUGGAUCCAGCAGCUGCCGUUCCCUAGGCUAUGGAUCUAGAAGCUGCUACUCAGGAGGCUGUGGAUCCAGUGGCUUCAGAUCCCUGAAUUACAGGGUCCAUCACUUUCCUACCAGUUUUUACAGAUCCUCUGUCUGUAGUCCACUCUAUUUUCCUUCUAGGGGUUUCUAUUCAUCUUGUUACCAACCAUUCUAUACAUCUGACUUCUGUUGA